AUUUUACGUCACCGAGGAAGGGCAUCCGGGUAACUCACUACCACAAUGGCGACAAUGAAUCAGGCAUUUGGGGGCUGCGAUUCCACAACGUCGUUUUCACAACAAUCGAGUGAUCGCCUCAAGUUGUUGUACCCAACAGUUAAUGAAGAAGAAACUCCGCUUCCACGUUCUUGGAGCCCAAAGGACAAAUUUACCUACAUAGGUUUGUCACAAAACAAUCUCCGAGUGCAUUAUAAAGGCAUCGGCAAGAACCACAAAGAUGCAGCCAGCGUCCGGGCAACGCACCCCAUCCCGGCCGCCUGUGGGCUUUAUUACUUUGAGGUCAAGAUUGUGAGCAAGGGCAGAGAUGGCUACAUGGGAGUUGGCCUCUCUGCUCAGGGUGUCAACAUGAACAGGCUGCCCGGAUGGGACAAGCACUCCUACGGCUACCAUGGAGAUGAUGGCCACAGCUUUUGCUCGAGUGGGACAGGCCAACCCUAUGGGCCCACGUUCACAACGGGUGAUGUUAUUGGCUGUGGAGUUAAUCUGAUUGACAACCUGUGCUUUUACACAAAGAAUGGCCACAAUCUUGGAGUUGCCUUUACAGAUUUACCACCAAACUUGUACCCCACAGUGGGCCUUCAAACUCCAGGGGAGGUGGUGGAUGCAAAUUUCGGACAGUCUCCUUUCGUCUUUGACAUUGAGGACAUGAUGAAGGAGUUGAGAAUGCGAACCAGGACCACAAUAGAGAGGUUUCCUGUCAACGACAAACAGGGUGAAUGGCAGACUACAUUACACAGGAUUGUGCAAACUUACUUGGUCCACCAUGGUUACUGUGCUACAGCUGAAGCAUUUGCCCUGAGCACUGGUCAAUCAUUUGAUGAGGACCUCUCAUCCAUCAAAAAUAGACAAAGGAUUCAGAAGCUGGUCCUGGCGGGCCGCAUGGGCGAGGCCAUUGAGACGACGCAGAAGCUGUACCCGGGUCUGCUCGAGGGCAACCCAAACCUGCUGUUCCUGCUGCGCUGCCGCCAGUUUGUUGAGAUGGUGAACGGCACAGACGGGGAAGCGCGUCCUGCCCGCCGCUCGCCAGGAGCCAGCCCUCGUCUGCUGCUUCUUAGCUCGUCACCCAAGGCGUCACCCGAUGUGGCGUCGAAUGGCGUGGCACCGGACGACCAGAGCACAGCCAACGGCGACGCCUCGCUCAAUGGCAACCACGGCACGGACGAGGACUGCAUGGCUGACAUGGUGGUGGAAGGGGGGGAGGGGCGGACAGUGGUGUCCAACGGGGUGGACUUGGACAGCCGGCAGCACAACGGGCACCUGCACCGGCUGGAGCCCUGUGGCACCGAGGCCGACAUGGAGGUGGACCCUCCCAAGCGCCAGCUGUGUGGAGGCAGCCAGGCUGCAAUGGAGCGCAUGCUGCAGUUCGGCAGGGAGCUGCACGUCAUGAGCAUCCAGCUCAAGCACGAGUAUGGCACCAACAAAAACAACCGCAAAAUGAUCCAGGAUGCCUUCAGCCUAUUGGCCUAUGCGGACCCCUGGACCAGCCCAGUAGGGUUCCAGCUGGACCCCGUCCAGCGAGAGCCUGUGUGUGCGGCGCUCAACAGUGCAAUCUUAGAAUCUCAGAAGCUGCCCCGACGCCCUCCCUUGGAGCUUGCAGUGGCUCACUCGCGGGAGCUGCUCAAACUCAUGUCCAAGGCGGGACUGGGAUCGUGCGCCUUUGCCAACAUCGACUCGCUGCUGCAGUGAUUGUGGUACUGUCUCGGUCCCCUGCCAUGUAAUUAUAUCUGGAAGCGUCUUUUUUACAAGCCAGCUCGUUGGUUUGACAGCGGACUGUGUGGUGUCCGAGCUCUCCCAGAUCACUGGAGGCGCACCGCCCCUGGUCCGAGCUGAGAACUGUUUUUGAGCCUAGUGCAGAAGGGCACGGGCCAAACAUAUAUGCAUAUAUAUUAUUAAAGAAAGCAAGAACUUUGAGUGGACUGCAUUGACUGAGUGCUGCUGUAGUUAAAUCUUGCUGUGGUUUAAUAAAUAAGUUGACACCAUUCUGGGGGUUACCGUGUGCAGCGUGGCCAUGGUGCAACGCACACAUUGCUCCGCAUCUCUCGACGUCCAGGCACGGAAGUUUUGUGCAUCUGCUUGUGGCAGCCGUCUAGGAAUUUGUGGAACCUGCGGUGUGUGCUUUGAAGUAAACUGCCCCUGUCGAACAUUGUGCGUGGGGACUCCACUGUCUAAAGGGUAGACAUUUUGUUAAGAGUGCCUGUAAUGUCUUGCUUACCAGGGAACAAGGCAAGUGAUGUUUUAAUUACAAUUCCCGACUGGAAGCUGCAAAGUUUGACAGAUUUCCAACGUUUUUGCUGGGUUCCUGAACUUCAAAAUAUGAAGUGAUUUGCCUGUGUAAUUUGGAACUCCCGCCGAAUUUGACGACCGGUUGCUGACAACUGCCGCAACAUUUUAUAUCCAGUGUUGAAGCAGCACGCAUGUUUGCACACCAAGAACUGUGAUUGUGCAUUGAUUUGCAACCUGGAGUCAUUGUUCAUUUUGUACAUGUAUAUAACUUUGCAUACUUAGCCAUGUUAGUGAUAUGUUUGAACAAAGCUAAUGCAGAGAAUCCGGUUUUGCCACACUGUUGCAACGGUCUGAUGCGAAUUUGCUGGCUUGUGUGGCUUCAGUUGGUUCAUUUGGAGAAGUUAUAUACUUACAAAAUUACAUUAUAUGUUAUGUACUAUGAUUUGAAUGCCUUUUUAAAGCCCAUUUUUAGCAACUCCUCAUGCAUAUUUUGUGCAGCGGUCAAACGGACUCCAGAAACGCAUCUUCAAUGUAUCGCCCACUCCUUUCUAGCUGAAAUAUAGAUUUCUAAAAAAAUUAAUAAAACGGCGAAACAUUGUCUGCCCAUUAAACGUUGCCAUGACAUACUGCCUCGAGUCCAAAUACCUUGCAUGAUAUGAAAACAAAACUGGUUCUAAGAAGUUCAUAAAUAAAUUUACAAAAA